GUACCAAUAGUUUGGGCAACAAAAAUGACGAAGUUUGAUACCCUGCAUGCCUAGGUUCUGUAGAAUACCUAUCUCAAGUGUGUGUUUGGAGUGAAAAGCGAGCGUUGCCGAAGGACGAGUGACGUCACGUAUGAAAGAGGAGGAAGACAGAAGGUCCGAGAAAUGGCGACUCCAUGAUCUGUCGCUUCGGGGGGUGAUUGAAGUGGGCCAUGUUCAGCAUCCACUCGAUCACAAAACUUAUAUUUCUUUCAUAUAUCAUAUAAGGAUUAUUGUUACCGGUUUACGGAUAAUACGUGUUCGAAAUGGCGGCAAAUAUGUACAGAGUUGGAGAUUAUGUCUAUUUUGAAACUUCGUCCACAUCACCCUUUCAAAUAAGACGAAUCGAAGAACUUAACAAGACUCCAAAUGGAAAUGUGGAAGCAAAAGUUAUGUGCUUUUACCGAAGAAGGGAUAUAUCGAGUUCACUUAUUAUGCUGGCCGAUAAACACCAAAGUUUAUUGGAAGAAAAUGGAGAGACGGAGGGCAAAACGGAAGAAACGUCUGAGAAAGGGUCGCAUCAGUUGAAACAUAGAGAGUUGUUCUUAUCGCGUCAAGUUGAGACAUUACCAGCCACACAUAUUCGUGGAAAAUGUGUUGUUACUUUAUUAAAUGAAACUGAAGCCUUGACUUCGUAUCUGAAUAAAGAUGACAUGUUCUUUUAUUCACUAGUCUAUGAUCCCCAACAAAAGACACUCUUAGCUGAUAAAGGUGAAAUACGUGUGGGGUCGAAAUAUCAAGCUGAGAUCUCAAUAUUAAUAGGAGAAGGUGAAGACACCAGAAAGUUGGAAGAUCUUGAAGCUUUAAUAUGGCAGCCAUGUCCUGAUAAUGGAAUCACAGAUAAAGAAAUAGAUCAAUUUCAAAUAAUAGCUAAAUCUGUAGGUACGUUUGCUAGAGCAUUAGAUUGUACAAGUACAGUUCGUCAACCUAGUUUACAUAUGAGUGCAGCAGCAGCAUCCAGAGAUAUUUCACUGUUUAAUGCCAUGCAUACAUUACAUAAAUAUUCAUAUGAUGUAGCUAGAGCAGUGACGAGUCUGGUUCCUGAUGGUGGACCUGUUCUCUGUAAAGAUGAAAUGGAGGAAUGGUCGGCGUCAGAAGCUAAUUUAUUUGAAGAAGCUAUAGACAAAUAUGGAAAAGAUUUUAAUGAUAUUAGACAAGAUUUUUUACCGUGGAAAUCAUUAAAAAGUAUUAUAGAAUAUUAUUAUAUGUGGAAAACAACUGAUAGAUAUGUUCAACAAAAACGAAUUAAAGCUGCUGAAGCUGAGAGUAAACUUAAACAAGUUUAUAUUCCUAAUUACAAUAAACCCAAUCCUGCUUUAUUAACUGGUAAACUAAAUGGAGAUCAGAUGACAGGUAGAGCCUGUGAAAGUUGUUAUUCUUCUCAUUCUAAUUUAUGGUAUUCAUGGGGACCAAGUCAUUUACAAUGUAGACUUUGUUCUUCGUGUUGGUCGUACUGGAAAAAAUAUGGUGGACUUAAGAUGCCAACAAGAUUAGAUGGUGAGAGACCUGCACCAAAUGCAAGAACUGGUCAGUUUACAUUUACUGACAGACCUUCUGCUUUGAAUAUCAUGAGAACACAUAGAUGUACUAUAGCUGGAUGUGGAAAAGAAUUCAAGUUAAAAACUCAUCUGGCACGUCAUUUAGCAACAGCCCAUGGAUUAGCUAUCAGGCCAGGUAGUCCUAAACCAGUGAUGAAAACGCGAGCAGCUUUCUGUCUGGUUACGACAGCCUUAACCCGUUUAUCUCGAAGAUUAUGUAAAGAUAUUUUAAGACCAAAACAUGCAGCUCGUUUGCCUUUUGUACCCAUCAAUAUAGCAGCCAUCAAACAAGAAUGUCAGUUAAGGUUAGAGGAAGGAGGGAAAUAUGUUCCGAAUAUCCGAUACCGAAAAAAUAUCUCCUUGGAACCUGUUUUAUCUAGAUUAGGGAUUGACAUUCGACAAGAAAAACCUGCAAUACUCGGACGUCAUGGCACUAAGGGUAAGCCAAAUGAACGAGUUGUUGACAGCCAAAAAGUAACCAGUGGUCAUCCUUCCAUCAUGAGAAAACGAGGCUAUGAACAAAGUAAUGGUGUUGAUGGUCCAGCUUCUAAAAGACCCAAUAUGAGUGGUAUCAAAUUACCCGGACUUCCUAUGAAAGGAUUAGGACCUCUGAGGAAUUCCAUUGAACUUGGUAUUGGUAUGAAUCGAAGAAACAAGGUUAGAGUUGCACGAGGAAAUAGAACCCCCAUGAUUAGUUGGAUAGACGCACCGGAUGACGUGUACUUUCUAGCUACUGAUGCUACUAGGAAAUUGAGGAAAAAGGUAACUCAAAUGGAUCAUAAGAGAGCUGGUCGUAAUCCGUGGCGACGUCUGUUACUCAAACCAGAAGUGGUAGUGUUAGAUUGAAUAUAGUUAGAACAGACGGUAAUCAUCCAGUAUCAAAAAUGGGAAUCAACACAAAUCUAUGUUUAUGAUGUGCUAAAUAAUCUGGCCAUAGAUCCAGAUUCCGCGUGUGGUUGGUGCAUGGUUUAUUAAUCAGCGAUGUUCUCGCAUGUGUCAAAUUAACAACUGUGUUAGUCACAUUAAAAAGCCACUUUAUUGUUAUCAAGCACACUAAUAUCAAAGAGUUCUGUAUAAUUUAUACAAAGUUUAUCAUCAGUAAUGACAUUCAACAGAUCGUUACUGUUUCUUCAUCAAAAACAACCAACAAAUAUGUCUAGAAAUAAAGUGAUCAUUUCCAAAUAUCUUUCUUACUACAAAAAAAAAAAAUAUAACCAUCGAUUUGGUUUCACAUCUCAGUGAAAUAUUAAUUUAUCAUUUGCUCAUUGAAGAGCUAGAAACAGUUGGGAAGGAAUAUUAUUUUUACACUACGCAAAUGUUCAUGUUGUUAUCAUGUGACAGGUUUAUCAUACUGAUUGGUUGAAGGGGGUAAUUAUUGAACUAAUCAGAGACAGCAUAGCUACAUAAAUUCCAGUUCCAUUUCUGUCUUAUUAUUUUUGUGGUGUUUUUUUUUAAGAAAUCCAGAAAAAUUCUGAUCAAUUAUUGUUUGACUCUUGUUUCUAUAAUUAUUUACACCUAUAUUCCAGAAAACUGACGAGGCCUAAAUAAGAGUUCAUCUUGACCAUAGUAAACCAACUCUGGUUAGUCCUAGUCAGUAUUCUUGGAAUAAAAAAAAUCACCAAAUUGACUGAAUCUAGAAGCCACGGGACAAAGGUCUUAAUUUUGAAAAUCAUUUUUUUCUUUGAUGAUUUAACAAAUGAAAUUUGAAUAAAUAAAAAUUGAAAGAUCGAAGUUUUCAAGAAUAAGGCCUUUGUUCUAUUUAUUUAUAGUGGAAAUAUAAUGCAAUGAAAUUUUUACUUUUUUUUUUUUGUGACAGGGGUUGAUUGUUGGAUACUGAAAUAGAUUUACUAUUUUUAUAGAUUGUACAAAAAAAAAAACUAAACAAAAUUAUUGUGAAAUGAAGUUGUUUUAAAAUGUGUCUUCCAUAUUUGCGAUGUCAGUGUAAAUUGAAGUGUAGCUAGUAUAAACUUUUGUCUUUAUAAUUUGUAUUGUUUUACAAGCCUGAAUCAUGUUAACAUUAGAAAUAGUAUUUAUAUUUUCAUAAACGACCUUAUCCAACCUUUACGUAUUACUCUUUCUCUCUCCGCUUUUUGAUGUUUUUAUGUUUUUAUUAAGGAAACUCUUUUGUUUAUUCACAUGUUUUUUGGGUACAAAGCUCUUGAACACUAAACUGACUAAUGCUGUGUUGUCCAUCGCAUAUUGUACAAUUUCAUCAGUAGAUUAUUGUAAAUAUUUUAGCAUCAUUGUCUGUUGUGUAUUUUUUGUUGCUAUGACAAUUGUAUAGAAUUAUGUACAGUUGUUUUAUUUUAUUUUUUUUUUUGGUAAAUUUAUUUUCUUUUUCUUUUGCCGCAAUCAAAACUGUCUUGAAAUACUAUAGUAUUAUACAGGCCCACAAGCCGUCAGUUGAAGUAGGUUUAGUUUAUGAGAAAGUUGAUAAUGAAUUUUGAUAUUCCUUGCUAGCAUGUCAUUUUAUGACAAUCUCCUAUUUUGUCAACAAUUUAUUUCCUACUAAUUUCUGCAACAUGUACUAUUUCUCAAUAAAGUCAAUGGCCUGAAA